GGUGAGGUUAACUCGUGAGUGCGUCGUGAAACUAACAGUUUGGUUGUAUUGUAACUAUUUUUUUUUAUUUUCGAACGUUAAUUCCGAACUUUUUAUGUGUUCCUUAUUCGACCAUUUGGGAUAUUAACUACACAGGGGGAUGCUAAUACGUACAAAGGCGACCAUAUUGGUCGCCAUAGUAUUUUUAUUUGGAGAAUCAUUAUCACAGAAUUCAACGAGCAGUUUAUUUAGUUGUCCACCUGGUUGGGAAUUGAGGAACCUCAACUGUUAUAAAUUUUUUAAUAUAAGACACUCGUGGGAAAAAGCAGCCGAACUUUGUAGAAGAUAUGGCAGUGAAUUAUUGGCAAUAGAAUCUUAUAGUGAAAACAAUUUGACGUCAACGAUAGCGACGUCUUCGGUGCCAUUAGAAAGGCGAGGUGCUAUACAUUAUUGGUUAGGUUUAGCUUCAUUAGACGAUCUAAGAACAAAUACGCUCGAAUCUGCAGCCGGAACGUUAGUUUCACAAUACUCAGGAUUCUGGUCAUCUAGUCAACCAAAUCCGGAAUCCGGGGAAUGCGUAGACGUUACAUUGACGGACGAAUCGCAGUCAUGGGAAUUAACAACUUGCGAAAGUCUUCUACCUUUUAUGUGCAGGACACGCGCGUGUCCUACGUCGUCUUUCCACUGUUCGAACGGACUGUGCAUUAACGAAAAAUUCCGAUGCGAUAAACAAGACGAUUGCGGAGACGGUUCCGAUGAAAUAGACUGCGCCACAAAUUGCAAUUUUUAUCUGGCCAGUAGUGGAGAUGUCGUCGAAAGUCCUUACUACCCUCACAAGUACGCCCCUCUGACGAAUUGUAAAUGGACCCUCGAAGGACCUCAAGGGCACAAUAUUCUUUUGCAAUUCCAAGAAUUCGAAACUGAAAAAACUUUCGAUACCGUACAGAUUUUAGCGGGAGGUCGAACCGAGGAUACAUCGGUGAAUCUGGCUACUCUUUCGGGGAAACAAGAUUUAACCAACAGAUCAUUCGUUUCCGGUUCCAAUUUUAUGAUUAUUAAAUUCAGUACUGACGCUUCGGUGGAGAGGAAAGGGUUUAGAGCUUCUUGGAAAACCGAACCUCAAUCUUGUGGUGGUACUUUACGCGCGACGCCACAAGGACAAGUACUCACAUCUCCAGGGUAUCCGGAACAAUAUCCCGGUGGAUUGGAAUGUUUAUAUCUCAUUCAAUCGCAGGGAGGGAAAAUUAUAACUUUGGAAGUGGAUGAUUUAGAUCUGGAUGAAAAUCGGGAUUUUAUUUUGGUUAGAGACGGAGAUUCGCCAAAGAGUAAACCGAUAGCUAGAUUGACGGGAAAAUGGGAGAACAAUCAACACGUCAUCAUGUCUACCAACAAUCAACUGUAUAUUUAUUUCAGGACGCGACUUGGUGAUUCGAAAAGAGGAUUCAGAAUUAGAUAUACUCAAGGUUGUAAAGCAACGAUUGUAGCUCGAAAUGGAACCAUCAAAUCUCCCGCUUUCGGUCUCUCCAACUACCCCAGUAACCAAGAAUGUCUCUACAAAAUCAGGAACCCAGGGAAUCAACCUCUAUCUUUAAAUUUCCCAAGUUUCGAUGUCGACAAAUCCGAUUACGUUCAAGUAUACGAUGGAUCUACAACUAGUGGAUUGCGACUCCAUUCGGGAAACGGAUUUACCUCGGCAUCUAAACCGAAAAUAACAUUAACAGCUUCCAGUGGCGAAAUGUUGGUUAGAUUCGUAACGGACGCUCUGCAUAGCAGCCAAGGUUGGGAAGCUGUAUUUUCAGCAGAUUGUCCUCCUCUACAACCGGGUAUUGGAGCGUUAGCCUCUAGUAGAGACACAGCUUUCGGUACAGUAAUCACUUUCAGUUGUCCGACGGGACAAGAAUUCGCGACUGGUCGUAAUCGCAUUACGACUCAAUGUCUUCCGGGUGGUAAUUGGUCGAUCAGUUACAUUCCUAAAUGCCAAGAAGUGUACUGCGGACCCGUCCCUCAAAUCGAUAACGGCUUCUCCAUCGGUUCGACGAAUGUCACUUAUAGAGGUCAAGCCAUGUAUCAAUGUUACGCUGGAUUCGCUUUUCCCACGGGACAAGCCAUAGAAAGAAUAUCCUGUCUAUCGGAUGGGCGUUGGGAGAAGAAUCCCAAUUGUUUAGCUUCGCAAUGCGCAGCUUUACCGGAAGUACCUCACGCUAAUGUCACCAUAUUGAACGGCUUGGGUCGCUCAUACGGUACCAUAGUAAGGUACGAAUGCGAACCCGGAUACAUACGAAGUGGUCCACCGGUUAUUUUGUGUAUGAGUAACGGUACUUGGUCCGGAGACGUACCCAUAUGUUCCAGAGCUAAAUGUCCCAAAUUUCCCGAAAUUCCCAACGGUUUCAUCACUGACACUUCCAGAAAUUAUUAUUACAACGACGAAGCGCGCGUACAAUGUUUCAAAGGCUACAAAUUAAUCGGCAACAGCGUGCUGAGAUGCGGCGACAAUCAAAUGUUCAACAAUCCUCCGAGAUGCGAAGACAUCAACGAAUGUAUAAGUAGCCAGUGCGACGUGGCGUCUACAGAAUGUGUCAACGUACCGGGAUCUUUCCAUUGCAAAUGCAGGAAGGGUUUCGAAACGACUCAAGAAUGUAGACCGGUAGGAGAUUUGGGGUUGGUGAAUAAUGGUAUUCCGGAUGAAUCGAUUACCGUUUCUAGCAGCGAACCCGGAUACGAUAAAUCAAUGGUGCGUUUGAACGGAGCUGGUUGGUGCGGUAACACAAUAGAAGGUGGUUCCAAUUGGGUGUUGAUCGAUUUGAAAGCGCCGACGGUGAUUAGAGGUUUCCGGACGAUGGCCGUACAAAGAUUAGACGGAAGUACCGCUUUCACAUCGGCGGUUAGGAUACAAUAUACGGACGAUCUAACCGAUGUGUUCAAGGAUUACAGAAACCCGGAUGGUUUAGCCGUUGAAUUCACCAUCGAAAAACCGACGUUAUCUAUAUUAAAUUUACCGGUACCGAUCGAAGCGCAAUAUAUCAAAUUCAAAAUUCAAGAUUAUUCGUUAGCGCCGUGUUUAAGGAUCGAAGUUAUGGGUUGUACGAGAUUGGAAUGUUCGGAUAUAAACGAAUGCGCCGUAAAUAACGGCGGUUGUCAACAGAAAUGCGUCAAUAGCGCCGGCGAUUAUUCUUGUGGAUGUAACGUCGGAUACGAACUGUAUACCCAAAACGGAACGGCGUCGUUUUUCAUCGAAAAAUCCGAAAACGGACGACGGGACGGCGACAUUUAUCAAAUUAACAAAUCCUGCGUACCCGUCAUGUGUCCGCCUCUAAUUUCGCCGGAAAACGGCGUUAUACUAACGACGAAAGACAAAUACCAUUUCGGGGAUUUGGUGAAAUUCCAAUGCGAUUUCGGUUACGUCAUGACCGGAUCCACUUCGUUGUUAUGCACUUCGUCGGGUGUUUGGAACGGAACUGUACCAGAAUGUAAAUACGCUCAAUGUGUAUCUUUACUUGACAAUAAAAAUGAGGGUUUGAAAAUUUUACGUAACGACGAAGACAGCGUCUUGGUACCGUUUAGAGACAACGUCACCAUCAAUUGCAACUCGAACGGUAGACAACUACGAGGUUCGUCUACAUCCGGUUUCAGACAAUGCGUUUACGACCCAAAACCAGGUUUUCCAGAUUAUUGGUUGAGCGGAGAUCUACCUUCCUGUCCGAGAGUCGAUUGCGGUCCACCGCCAUCGAGCCCCGGAGCGGAAUACGGACAAUACGUCGAUACCAAAUACCAAUCGUCAUUUUUCUUCGGUUGUCAAAACACUUUCAAACUAGCAGGUCAAAGUAGUAAACACGAUAACGUCGUUAGAUGCCAAGCGAACGGCGUUUGGGAUUUCGGCGAUCUUCGAUGCGAAGGUCCGGUGUGUCAAGAUCCAGGUAGACCGAGCGACGGUUACCAAAUAGCCAGAAGCUACGAACAAGGAUCGGAAAUAUUCUUCGGUUGCAAUAAACCCGGAUACAUUUUGAUAAAUCCACGACCGAUCACGUGCGUAAGGGAUCCGGAAUGUAAAGUGGUACGACCUUUGGGUAUAGCCUCCGGUAGAAUCCCCGAUUCCGCCAUUAACGCCACCAGCGAACGCCCCAAUUACGAAGCGAGAAACGUCAGAUUAAAUUCCGUUACGGGAUGGUGCGGUAAACAAGAAGCUUUCACGUACGUCAGCGUCGAUUUGGGAAAAGUAUACAGAGUGAAAGCGAUUUUAGUUAAAGGAGUCGUAACUAACGAUAUAGUCGGUAGACCGACGGAAAUCAGGUUCUUCUAUAAACAAGCCGAUAACGAAAAUUACGUCGUGUAUUUUCCCAAUUUUAAUUUGACCAUGAGAGAUCCGGGAAAUUACGGCGAAUUAGCGAUGAUAUCUUUACCCAAAUACGUCCAAGCGAGAUUUGUCAUUUUGGGAAUUGUUAGUUAUAUGGAGAACGCUUGUUUGAAGUUCGAAUUGAUGGGUUGCGAUGAACCGGAAAAGGAACCUUUGUUAGGAUACGAUUACGGAUAUUCUCCUUGCGUUGAUAACGAAACUCCGGUGUUCCAAAAUUGUCCACAACAACCGAUAGUUAUUCAAAAAGACGCUAACGGAGGUUUACUUCCAAUAAAUUUUACGGAACCGACUGCCGUCGAUAAUUCCGGUAGUAUAGCUAGAUUAGAAGUAAAGCCGGCAACGUUCAAAACACCAAUGUAUGUAUUCGAUGAUAUGGUGGCGAAAUACGUCGCCUACGAUUAUGAUGGUAACGUAGCCAUCUGCGAAAUCAACAUCACUGUACCAGAUAACACCCCACCUCAAUUGAGUUGUCCUCAAAGUUACGUAGUAGAAUUGGUGGAUAAACAAGAUAGCUACGCGAUUAAUUUCAACGAAACCCGUAGAAGACUGAACGCAACAGACGCCUCCGGAGAAGUUCACAUAACGUUCGUACCCGAUAAAGCAACAAUACCUAUCGGAGAUUUCCAGAACGUCACCGUAAUAGCCGCCGAUAAAUAUGGCAACAAAGCCUCGUGUCAUUUCCAAGUUUCCGUACAAGCCACGCCUUGCGUCGAUUGGGAGUUGAAACCGCCAGUAAACGGGGCUUUAAAUUGUUUACCUGGCGAUAAAGGGCUACAAUGUAUCGGUACUUGCAAUCCGGGCUUUAGAUUCACCGACGGUGAUCCCGUUAAAACUUUCUCUUGUGAAAAUAACAGCCCAUGGAAACCGAGUUCCGUUAUACCGGAUUGCGUAUCAGAGAAUACGCAACAAGCAGAUUAUCAUUUCACGGCGUCACUGAACUACAGAGCUAACGGCGCUGUUGCCACGUCUUGUUUGAAUCAAUACACUGAUCUCGUUUCGCAAUAUUAUAAAAAUCUAAACGCGAUUUUAUCGGAAAAAUGUUCGGCGGUAAACGUGAAAAUGAACGUAACUUUCAUUAAAGCUAAAGCUAUUUUAAUAGAAGAAAAUCUAGUUAAAAUCGAUUAUAUCUUAGAUAUAAUUCCGUUGUAUAAACAACCGCAAAUUUACGAUCUAUGCGGUAGUACUUUAAAUCUGAUGUUCGAUUUAUCGGUACCUUACGCUAACGCCGUUGUGGAACCGCUACUAAACGUUGCAGCAAUAGGAAAUCAAUGCCCCCCUUUGAAAGCACUAAAAUCCACCAACGAAAGAGGUUUCACUUGCAACGUUGGAGAAGUACUAAAUAUGGACACCAAUGACGUACCGAGAUGUCUUCAUUGCCCCGCCGGUACUUUCGCCGGAGAAAGACAAAAAGAAUGUACCAAUUGUCCCAAAGGGUACUAUCAAAAUCGAGAUAGGCAAGGUGCGUGUAGUAGGUGUCCUCAAGGUACUUACACGCGCGAAGAAGGUUCCAAAAGCGUUCGCGAUUGUAUACCGGUUUGUGGUUACGGUACUUACUCGCCUACGGGUUUGGUACCGUGUCUGGAAUGUCCAAGGAAUAGUUUUACCAGCGAACCACCAACGGGCGGUUUCAAAGAUUGUCAAGCUUGUCCGGCGAAUACUUUUACUUAUCAACCGGCUGCCACUGGGAAAGAAAAAUGUCGACCGAAAUGUAGUCCCGGGUUUUAUUCGCCCACGGGACUCGCUCCUUGUACGAUGUGUCCAAAGAAUUUCUAUCAAGCCGUUGCAGGACAGACGAUAUGUAGUGAAUGUCCCAGUAACAUGAAAACCGAAGGUCCCGGCGCAACGGGUCGAGACGAAUGCCGUCCUGUCCAAUGUAAAGAAAACGCCUGUCAACACGGCGGACUUUGUAUCCCGAUGGGACACAAUGUGCACUGUUUCUGUCCGGCCGGUUUCACCGGAAGACGAUGCGAAAUCGACAUCGACGAAUGUACAUCUCAGCCGUGCUACAACGGAGGUUCCUGCAUCGACUUACCUCAAGGUUAUAAAUGCCAAUGCCCUCCCGGAUAUUCCGGUAUCAAUUGCCAAGAAGAAAGAUCGGAUUGUUCCAACGAUACCUGUCCGGCUAGAGCCAUGUGCAAAGACGAACCUGGUUACAAGAACUACACGUGUCUUUGUCGAUCCGGUUACACGGGAAUCGACUGCGAUGUCACGAUCGAUCCUUGUACGGCGAACGGAAACCCUUGCAACAACGGAGCCACGUGUUUGGCCCUACAACAAGGUAGAUUCAUGUGCGGAUGUCUGCCCGGCUGGGAAGGGCAAUUGUGCGAAAUAAACAUCGACGAUUGCGCCGAAAAACCUUGUCUGCUAGGAUCGAAUUGUACCGAUUUGGUGAACGAUUUCAGUUGCACGUGCCCGGCCGGUUUUACGGGAAAGAGAUGUCAAGAGAAAAUAAAUAUGUGCGGUCGUAAUCCUUGUAAAAACGGCGUUUGCGUCGAUAGAUUAUUCGAUUACGAGUGUAUUUGUAAUCCUGGAUGGACGGGAGAUCUGUGCGAUUCGAAUAUCAACGAUUGUCAGCCGAAUCCUUGCGAAAACGGGGGACAUUGUAUCGAUGGAAUAGACGAUUUCAAAUGUACGUGUGAACCCGGCUUUACCGGUAAAAAAUGUCAACAUACCUUAGAUUUUUGUUCAUCCAAGCCUUGUCAAAACGGAGCCACUUGCACCGAUUUAGUAGACGGUUUCUCUUGUAAAUGUCGUCCAGGAUUCGUAGGACUACAGUGCGAAGCCGAAAUCGACGAAUGUCUAAGCGAUCCUUGUAAUUCCGUCGGAACUGAAAGAUGCGUCGAUUUGGAUAAUAAAUUUGUGUGCAUGUGCCGUGAAGGAUUCUCUGGUACUUUUUGUGAAAUCAACAUGGACGACUGUCAAUCGGAUCCGUGUCUUAACGGAGGUUCAUGCAGAGACGACGUCGGUUCUUAUAAAUGCGUUUGUAAGCCCGGAUGGACUGGUACCAAUUGCGAAACGGACAUCGGCAGCUGUCAAACUAAACCUUGUCAAAACGAUGCCAACUGCAUCGAUCUGUUUCAAGAUUAUUUCUGCGUUUGUCCUUCCGGUACCGACGGUAAACAAUGCGAAACUGCGCCGGAAAGAUGCAUUGGCAACCCUUGUAUGCACGGCGGUAAAUGUCAAGAUUUCGGUUCCGGUUUGAAUUGCUCUUGCAGCGACAAUUUCAGCGGCAUCGGCUGUCAAUACGAAUACGACGCCUGUCAAGCGAAAGCUUGUAAAAACGGAGCGACCUGCACCAACGAAUUUCCCGGUUUCAGAUGUAUCUGUCCACCGGGAUACACCGGGAAAUUUUGCGAAGAAGAUAUCGUCGAUUGCAAGGAAAAUUCAUGUCCUCCGAGCGCCACUUGUAUAGAUCUCACCGGAAAAUUUUACUGCCAAUGUCCGUUUAAUCUUACGGGAGAGGACUGUAGAAAAACAAUAUCAGUCGAUUACGACCUCUACUUCAGCGACGCCACUCGUAGUUCCGCUUCCCAAAUCAUACCGUUCUACACAGGCGCUAAAUCGAGUCUAACCAUCGCCAUGUGGGUCCAAUUCACCCAAAAAGAUGAAAACGGAAUAUUUUUCACGUUGUACAGCGUUUCAGAUAAACACGUAGCGGUAAACAGAAGACCGAUCAUCCAAGCCCAUUCGAACGGAGUCCAAAUAUCAAUUUUCCCCGAUUUGCAGGACGUUUAUUUGAGUUAUCGCGAUUACACGACGAUCAACGACGCCCAAUGGCAUCACAUAGCGAUAGUAUGGGACGGCGAGAACGGCGGCGAGCUCAAAUUGAUCACCGAAGGUCUGAUCGCCAGUAAAGUUAAAGGUUACGGCAGCGGCAGGAAAUUACCCGAGCAUGCUUGGGUUACUUUGGGCAAACCCCAAACCGGGAAUCCGAAGGCUUACACCGAAUCCGGUUUCCAGGGGCACCUCACCAAGGUCCAGAUAUGGGGAAGGGCGCUCGAUGUUACCAACGAAGUACAAAAACAAGUGAGAGAUUGUAGAACCGAACCGGUCAUAUACAGAGGAUUGAUUCUAACUUGGGCGGGAUACGAGGAUACGGUUGGAGGAGUGGAAAGGGUAGUACCGUCUCAUUGCGGACAACGGAAUUGUCCGCCGGGAUAUAAGGGAUCGAAAUGUCAGGAGUUGGAAGUCGAUAAAAUACCACCGAAGGUGGAAUAUUGUCCUGGAGAUCUUUGGAUAAUCACGAAAAAUGGAUCGGCCAUCGUUGUAUGGGACGAACCCCAUUUUUCAGAUAACGCAGAAGUAACGAAUAUCCAAGAAAAUAACGGACACCGACCCGGACAAACUCUCUUGUGGGGAGUAUAUCAAAUUGCCUACGUGGCAUCAGACGCUGCAGGAAAUACGGCCGUUUGUUCAUUCAGAGUAUCGGUUUUAUCUGAUUUUUGUCCCGAACUUCCGGAUCCAGUUGGCGGUAUGCAACUGUGCAAAGAUUGGGGCGCCGGGGGUCAAUUCAAAACGUGCGAAAUCGGUUGUCAGCCAGGUUUGAGAUUCUCGCAACAAAUCCCACAAUUCUACAGCUGCGGUUUGGAAGGUUUCUGGAGACCGACCAAAGACCCGUUACUCCCGCUCGUCUAUCCCGCUUGUUCCGCCGCCAAGCCCGCUCAAAGGGUAUUCCGCAUCGAAAUGUUAUUCCCCAGCUCGGUAUUGUGCAACGAAGCCGGACAAGGGGUGUUGAAACAAAAAGUACGGAACGCGGUGAAUUCCUUGAAUAGGGAUUGGAAUUUCUGUUCGUUUUCCGUUGAUGGUACCAGGGAAUGCAAGGAACUGAAUAUCGACGUGAAAUGCGAUCACAGGACAAACAGGCAGACCAGGCAAGUUAACGAAGAAGAAGACGGAGGGACUUACGUUGUGAAAACUGACGUACCAGUGGAAAAAACCUCCCGACAAGGAAGACAAUCAUCCAGCGACACGUACAACUUAGAAAUUUCAUUCCCGGCAAUAAAUGAUCCUGUUGUUAACGUUAACACGAACGAAAGAAGGAACGUGAAGGAACUGCUGGAGAAAUUGAUAUUAGAAGAGGAUCAGUUCGAUGUAGGGGAUAUACUGCCCAACACCGUUCCAGAUCCAUCUUCCCUUAUAUUAGAGUCCGAUUACGCCUGUCCAGUCGGUCAAGUCGUCAUGGAUCCAGAUUGCGUCCCAUGCGCUAUCGGUACUUACUACGAUAAAGACACUAAGACAUGUACACCGUGCGCCAAAGGGUACUACCAAAGCGAAACCGGACAAACCCAAUGCAUCCAAUGCCCUCCUAUCGCCGGUAGACCGGGCGUAACUAUCGGCGUUGGCGCUCGAAGCGCCGCAGAUUGUAAAGAACGUUGUCCCGCCGGUAAAUUCUACGAUCACGAAGCCGGCUUGUGCCGCAGUUGCGGCCACGGCUUCUAUCAACCCAACGAAGGUUCCUUCGCCUGCGAUAUAUGCGGCUUAGGUAAAACGACUAGAACCAACGAAGCGGUGUCGGUAAAAGAAUGCAGAGACGAAUGCGGCGACGGAUUACAAUUGGGAGUUGACGGAAAAUGCGAACCGUGUCCGCGCGGUACCUACAGAACCAGAGGAAUACAAUCCGCUUGUCAGGCUUGUCCUAUAGGUCACACGACACCCAAAACCGGAGCCGUAACAAUAGAAGAAUGUUCGUUGCCGGUUUGUUCGCCCGGUUCCUACUUGAACGGUACUUUGAACAGCUGCGAACCGUGCAAAAAAGGUUUUUACCAAUCCGAGUACCAACAAACUACGUGUAUACCUUGUCCGCCGAAUACUAGCACCAAGGAACCAGCAGCGUCUAGCAAAUCGGCGUGUACUAAUCCUUGCGAGACAAACGGCGAAGAAAUGAAUUGCGAUCCGAACGCCUAUUGUCUCCUCAUACCCGAAACCAGCGAAUUCAAAUGCGAAUGUAAACCAGGUUUCAACGGAACCGGCGAAUACUGCUUCGAUUUGUGCGACGGUUUCUGCGAAAACGAAGGCACUUGCGUCAAAGACAUCACCGGUCAACCGUCUUGCAGAUGUAUAGGAAGUUUCACGGGAAAACACUGUAGAGAAAAAUCCGAAUUCGCUUAUAUAGUAGGCGGAAUAGCCGCUUCCGUCAUCCUGAUCAUCUUCGUCGUAUUAUUGAUUUGGAUGAUCUGCGCAAGAGCGAGCAGAAGGAAAGAACCGAAGAAACUGCUCACCCCCGCUACGGAUCAAAACGGAUCUCAAGUCAAUUUCUAUUACGGCGCCCCGACGCCUUACGCCGAAAGCAUAGCUCCCAGCCACCAUUCGACUUACGCCCAUUAUUACGACGACGAAGAGGACGGAUGGGAGAUGCCGAAUUUUUAUAACGAAACUUAUAUGAAGGAAAGUUUACAUAACGGGGUCAAUGGAAAGAUGAAUAGUUUAGCGAGAUCGAACGCCAGUAUAUACGGUACCAAGGACGAUCUAUACGAUAGACUGAAACGGCACGCCUAUAACGGUAAAAAAGAUAAAAGUGACAGUGAGAGUGAAGGUCAAUAAACAAAAAAUCUGGUCAUGUAUCUUUACAAUGCUCAAGUAGCAAAUAAAAAAAAAUAUCUAGUGAAUAUGUAAAAUUACGUAUAACGAAUGUGUGAAGUAUGUAAGUACCAUUUAUAAAUGUUAAUUUAUAUAUUUUAAAGUAGAUACACCCUGUAAUAUACACGAAACUUUUUUUACUUGUUGAUUUAGGUUGUAAUGUAUAUUUAUAUAUAUAUAUAUAUAUAUAAAAAAAAUAAAUUGUAAUUCUGUAAUUCGAGAUAUUUGUGGGCAUAAGAAUGAUAUUUUCCGGGAAGUUACUUUUCAGUCACGGAAAAAUAAUUAAAUCAAGUGCGAAAUUUCAGUUAUUAAGCACUUUAUCAUCGAUUUAAUACUUUAUUUUAUAUUUUAUUUAUUGUAUGAAAAGUUUUUUUAACGGUUUGACACGUCCACUGACAAAAUUGUUUUUUAAAAAAUUUUAUAUCUAAGAUGACUUUUAUGAUUAUCGAAAUCCCAGUGAAACUGCUAUUUAUUAUUCAAAAUUAACUUCCAGGAGGAAUAUUUUUUUAAAUUAUGGAAUUACGAUGGUACGUUGUUGAAAUUUGUAAAUGGAAUAAACAAAAAUAACUUUGGUCGAAUUCUGAUUAAUUUUUAUUUUAAAUACGUUAAAAUUGAAUACUGGUAAUUAUUUUUUUCAAAAACGAAAUAUAAAAAAAUUAUAGUUGAUGACGUAUACGCCAUCUACUGUAAAAAAUUUACUUUAUCAAAAGUAUUUACCAAUAGUUAUAUUAUAAUCUGAAAAACAAAUACACUUUUUAAUGAACUUGCACAGUUUUAAAUAUACAAAGUUUGCAAACGAGAAAUUGGUGUCUGGUUUUUAUGAAUUUUAAAAAAUAUUCAAAAUUUACACAAUAAGUAAGGGUGAAAAUUUCUUAUUGUGAUACUUUCUCUACUUCAACGCUACCUUUUAUCAUAAUUUUUAAAUAAAUUCACGAAAAAAAAAUAAUUUAUAUUUAAUAGGAAAAAGUAAGACCAAUUUUUUUUUCAAAUUGAUAUCAAAUACUUGAUAAAUUAUUUACAAAAAUUGUAUUAGAACAUCAAGUUAUAUAAAUUCGAAUUAUU